CACAAACCCUCCUAACCCCACAAACAUGCUGGCAGUCUCGUGUACACUCAGUCUCUCAGCUCAGCCUCUGUCUGAUUGAGUACCUUUUCAUUCUUGGACACUCAGCAACAGUCUCUCUCCAUCACACACACACACACAUUUACACACCCUCUGGAAGGAAUCCUGCAGUUUGCGGCUGCAGUUCUCUGGACAUGCCGGACCGUCUGCUCUGAGGUGGGAGAUGGGCUUGAGAGCUUGUGUUGUCCCCUCAAUCAGUUCACGAGGACGAGGGGUUUCCAUGUGGAUACGUAUCCAGAGACUCUAUACUUAGCAAUUGCCACAGACGGAGCUGGACAAGCCGGAAAAAGUAGGAGGAAAAGGACAGUCUCGUCCCCAGGAGGUAAAGCACCAGAAGUGGAAAGGACAAAAAACAAACAGACUCCAGCAGACGUUCAGCUAUGCAUUCCACCACCCUUUUUUUUGUCCUCACUGGGGUGCUCCUGUACUUAGUGAUGGGGGCUUUGGUGUUCAAUGCCCUGGAGGCCCCGUAUGAGGAAAGCCACCAUGUCCAGUUGCAAACCACCCGUCAAGAGUUUCUGGGCAACUACACAUGUGUAGAUCCUGAGCGCCUAGAGAACCUGAUAGUGAUAGUGGCAAAGGCUAUCAGUGUUGGAAUUGACCCCAACAAUUCCACCAAUGCCACAUUCAGCACCAGUUGGGACCUGGCCAGCGCUUUCUUCUUCUGUGGCACCAUUAUCACCACCAUCGGUUAUGGGAACAUCUCUCCAAAGACAUCGUGGGGUCAGUUCUUCUGUAUCUGGUAUACACUGGUGGGCAUUCCCUUGUUUGGAUUUCUGUUGGGUGCCGCUGGAGACCAUCUGGGGACGUCGCUGAGGAAUGCCAUUGCUAAAGUUGAAGCUCUUUUAUGGAAGUGGAAGGUGAGCCCAACUAUUGUCCGUGUCAUCACCGCUUUGCUCUCCAUCCUGCUGGGCUGUGUUCUCUUCAUCCUUGUGCCAAUUUUAGUCUUCCAGAAGGUUGAAGAUUGGUCUCUGCUAGAAUCAGCCUACUUUGUGGUCAUCACCCUCACAACAGUGGGCUUUGGAGACUAUGUUGCAGGUGAUGGCGAAGCAGGUGAACAUCAUUGGUACAAGCCUCUGGUGUGGUUUUGGGUUUUGUUUGGUUUGGCCUACUUUGUGUCCAUUCUUUCCAUGAUUGGGAACUGGAUUCUGGUUCUUACCAAAAAAACCCGAGCUGAGAUGGAAGAGUUAAGAGCACACGCCUCAGACUGGACUCAGAACAUCCAGAACAUGUCUGUGGAUUUCCGUAUACCCGGAAAACUCGAAGAUCCUUUCAAGCGCAGCAGGCGAAAGCGGCGUCACAGGCGUAACAGACACAAUGGCAGUCAGGGUGGAGCCGGAGAGGACGGGAGAGAUGAGAACGUAUCAGAAUCCGGCUCCUACUCGGGUUCAUCGGAUGAGUCGGAAGGCAGCUCUGAGUCAGAAUCGGAGGUGACCGAGACGGAACGGGUCCCAGGAGGAGAGGGCGGUGGUGGAGGAAAAGAAUUAGAGAAAGAGGAAAAGCCCCAAGACUCGCCCAAAGAUCCCGUCAUCUCUCAGCCAUUGGAUUACUUUGGGGAAAAUCUUGCGUAUAUUGACGAGUCCUCAGAUGCAGUGAGUGGGAAGAUUCAUCUGGACCCCUUGCUGGAUGUACCAGAAACGGACCCAGCUUCUAAAGAUAGGCCUAAAAGGAGACGUCAAAGGAGACACUUGAGAAGGGAUCAACAGAAACCCAAGACCCCUAAAACCAGUCCAAAUGAACCAGAGAUUAAAGCGCCAAAUGGAGACAUUCGGCAGAAAGACCCUCCUACACCAAAGCUGUGAGCAUCCAGGUAUUUAUGGGGUUUGUAGUUCCUCAAAAAAGACCCAGUCCUCCUCUUUGCAAUAAAGUUUUGCAAUUGCUCGCUUCAGGAUAUGCUGUGCUCCAUUGUGAAGGCACUUGCUGUUAUUCUCAGAUUUUACUGGGACAAAAAAAGAAACUGUCCAUGUGUCUAAAAUGAGAAGAGGAGAUGAAGAAUCUGGUCUUGUCAAGUCUUGGACUCCUCAGCAUGAGUGAGAACUUUUAUUGGGUAAUCAGACAGAGGCCUGAUGACCAUUAGUCAUUAUGUGCGGGAAGGCUAUCGUGAUCAGACUCUUAGUGCCAUCUACUGGACGUUCACUGCAUAUGACUGACUCGUUUGUUUAUGAAUGCACUGACUGUCAAUGUCAUUUUAUUCGGUGUGCCUUUCACUCCUUUCCUAACAUCAUAAUAAUAAAGGAAUGAUAGCUUGUUACUACUAAUCCAACUCAGCUGAGAUUUACAGCUUGAGUUCAUCAAACUGUAAUCUUUUUCUAUUACUGAAAAAUAACAUUAAUCUACAGAAGCCUGUUUCUGCCUCAAGUAAAAAAGAGGUAAUUUGGACUUUAUUUGGACUCGUAAUUGCUACUUUUUCCUCUUAUAAUUUUAUAUAUUACACACAGCACUUUAUAUCUCACAGUGUAACUUUUUCUAAUAAUUGUCUUUUAUUUUCACAGUUGCUACUUAGUUUCUUAGUUUAGUUUUCAUGGACUCUUGUUUGUUUUCAUUCAUCACCUGUAUUCCUUUAUUUAAAUUUUCCCGCCACUCAUCAGUUUCCAUGGACACUAAUCAUCAUCAGCUGUUCGUCUUUUAGUUAACCACAUGUGUAUAUUAGUUCCUCAACUUCACUCAGUGUUUGUCCGGUCUCAUUUACGUUAGCACUUGUCUGUACUACCUGCUGGAUGUUUAUUAAACUCUGCAUUUUGAACUUA